AUGUGGUUCAAUAGAAAAGCACAAAAUGUAUUUGAAUCAGUUGUUGAUCGUGAUGCAAUAACAUAUACUGCAAUGAUUAAUGCAUUUGGUCUCAAUGGAAUGGAUUCUGAAGCUAUUCAAUUAUAUAGAAAAAUGUCGAAUAAUCUACUUAAUGAAAUUUCACAUAUUUGUGUUUUAAAUGCAUGUUUUCAUUCGGGUCUUCUUCAAAAAGCUUGGAAUAUUUUUAAUGAUAUUCCUUUAAAAACAGAGAAAAUUUUUACUACUAUGAUAUUUAAAGCUCAUAAUCAUUCUCGUCCAAAAUCAUCAGCAAUUUUGUCUGAAUGUGAUCGUUUAAGAUCUGAAUUGAUUGUAUAUGGUUAUAAGUAUGAUCCUUCACGAGUAACUCGUCAAUUAAAGGAAGAAGCAACAAAUUUAUCUGCUCUAUACGAUCACGGUGAUGCGGUGAUUGUCUUAAAGUAA